CGAGCGCUGCGCAAAUGCAAUGCAAAAGUAGUGAGAAACAUCGCUGAGGUGAGGGAGGAUAACAUCGGCUCGUCUUAACAUCUUUUUUACCAUCACCCAUGGCUGACCCGGAGAAACAGCCUGACCAGCAAAAGGCUGCAGCGACCACCAAGCAUGUCAUCGCAACCAAGGUCUCCGGCACUGUGAAAUGGUUCAACGUCAAGAGCGGAUACGGAUUCAUCAACCGCAAUGACACCAAAGAGGACGUUUUCGUCCACCAAUCCGCCAUCGCAAAGAACAACCCGAAGAAGGCGGUUCGUAGUGUCGGCGACGGGGAGGUUGUCGAGUUCGACGUGGUCAUCGGCGAGAAGGGCAACGAGGCUGCCAACGUGACCGGGCCAGAAGGCGAGCCCGUCAAGGGGUCUCCGUACGCGGCAGACAAGCGCCGCGGCUACCGCCAGUGGGUGAUUCCGCGCAAGGAGUCGUACCGGCGCGGCGACAACCAGGAGGAGGACGGUGACUAUGAGAGCGCCGGCGAGAACAAGGAGGACGGCAGCGGCGGCGACCAGAAGAACCAGCGUCGCCAGCCCAGGCGCCGCUUCGACCCCAACUACUACAACAACCGGCCCCGCCGCGGACCCCGCGGAGAUGGUCAGCCAGCUGAGGGGGGCGACUUUCAGGGUGAGGACAAGGACGGCGAGAAGGGAGGGCCGCCGAGGGGAGGUGGCGGCGGUCGUGGACGUGGCGCACCGCGCGGACGUUUCUUCCGACGCAACGUGCGCGGAGGCCCUGGUGGCACUGGUGGGGGCGGACGUCCCCAGCGUCCCAGGACCCAGAGCGGUGAAGGAGGCACCAGUGAGGGCGAGUCCAAGGACGGCGGCGCCACCAACGGCAACGCAGGCCCCCCGAGGGGUGCCGGAGGCCGCGGCCGCUUCCGUCGCAACCGCCAAAGCAAGGGAGGCUCUGCUCGCAACAGCCAGAGUGAGGGCGGAGAGAAGACCAAGGAGCCAUCUGGGCAGUCAGUACAGAACACGACCACCACAGAGAGCAGUGCUUAAAGAAGAAGAUGAAACCCAAUCUGCAAAGGUCAUACCUCUAAUUAAUUAAUGAAAACACGUAGUUGAGCCGUUUUCCUUCUCUUUAAUAACAUCGGUUUGUGUUUAGUGCAUGAAGACACAAAGUAUUUUAAAUGGUAACCUUAGAAUUGAUGAUGGCGAGUAAUUUAACACCUCGGUUUCUCGAUUGAUUGCAAUCUCGUUUGUUUCCAUCAUUGUAAUCAAUUCACGCAGUUUUUGACAAAUGGCCGGCGCGCAUCAGUUGUACAAUGUUUAGUGCAAUAAUGCUGAGAAUGUACCUUGCUUGUUAAUAUCUGGUCUUAAAACUUGGUAAAGUGUUUAAUGUGAUUGAUUAAAACUAAAUACAAAAGAAUGAUAAAAGAAAAAAAUAGUAAAAAAAGAAAAGCCGCAGCCAUCAUGUAAGUGACACGAGACUUGAGAAUCAAUCCACGAAUCUCCUUUUUAUGUUCAAACCCAAGUCAACUUGAGAACGGAUAAAGUAAUUAAAACAAUAAAAACAAGAAGAAAAAAACUUAAUGAAGUAAUUAGGUCACGUUGUGAAAGAAAAAUGCAAACGCAGAAUUAAGAAACAAAAAGCUUAAAAUGCUCGCUCGUUUUUUGUACUAAGAUGUGUUUCUCCCAAAAAAAGCAAGCAGCAAAAAUACGGAUAUAUUGUUUUGGCAUGACCUGAUGCACAUGUUUGACACCGACAUUAGCAUAAAAGCAGCCGUCCUUGGAUGAUUCCAUCAGCUGGAAAAGGAAUGGCGUUUUGAAAUAAUAAUUUCGUUUCUCUCGACAAAUGGCUACCCACCUAGCUGGUCUCUUCCGAAGAGAAGACGACUUGAUGUGAAAGAAAAAAAAAGAAAACAUUUGCAUUUCCCACUCACACACACAAUCUCACACACACACACACAACAACAACUACUUACUACAGCAGCAAAGAAACCAU